UCUUGCAUUCAAAGUAGGGUGUAAAAAUGUGUACGAUAUUUAGUUAUAUUUUAAAUAUCACAGUGUUAUCGUACAUUUUACUUUAGUUAAUAUUGUUGCUGGUACAAGGAGGCAAACAAUUCUAUAUAACAACAACAAUGAAUUAACAACUGACAGACGGAUAUUUAUAAAUUGAUUUAAUAAUCGAUAAUGGCGCAAAAUUACAUGCUUAGGAAAAUAGCGAUUCUGGUUGUAGCUACAUUGCUUGUACAUGUAAUGACACUAACGUUCCUGUUUCAACAGACAAACGUCUUUUCAACACGAAUAUUUCAUACAUCUACAGAAACUGCGGAGUUAAUGAUGAGUAACAAUUCGCACUGCUAUGACAUCAAUGAUCCACGAGACCCACGGUUUUACAACAUCAUACUUGAAGAGGACGCUCUCGUGUUUAAACCUUGCAAAUAUGUUACUAAAGCAGCUUCGAUAAACCACUCAAAAAUAUCACUGACAGAUCGUGUGAGUGGGACUUACAAUAUUGGUGAAGAUAUUCGAGCUAUUGUAACUCUGUACGAUGGUUAUGGCAAACGUAAACAUUCUGGAGGAGAUCAGCUAAGAGCAAGAAUAGAGAACAAAAUGCUUAACGCAUCUGCCCCUUGUGUUCUGACUGAUAAUAAUGAUGGAACGCAAGCGGUGACAUGUGAGGCAUUAUGGAGCGGGACUUCAACAAUUCAAGUAACUUUAUCGUAUACAAGAGAGGCAAUUACAGCCAUAUAUAGGAUAAGAACACAAAUUUUGUCCGCCGAAAACAUAGGUUUAAAGUUCAGGAGAGGAUCUUACGACGAAAAUACUAUCUGUCAUCCAAACGCUACACACCUGGUGAAGUUAACCAGUUACACAGACGUUUGUGAUAUGACUUAUUUUAACUUGGGAAUGUCGUUUUAUUGCGGAAGACCAAAGGAUAAACAUUUGCAAUGCCAGGACAUGCAGCUGGUAGAAGCAAAAGUACCGUUUCCGGAACUUCAGUUCACAGGAUGCGAGAACAUUCUAAUAAAAAAAGGACGGCAAGCAUUAAAACAGAAUUUAACGGUUCAUGUACAUAACAAGAAUGGAGAUACUCGUCAUUCAGUUAUAGAGAAACCGUCUAUACCUUGUCCAAAGUACAACAUUACACUUCUCUGGCUGUCUAGAGGACCAACAGGCUUCUUCUAUGAUGAAAAAUGGAAUCUUCGAAAUUGUCACGGUUUCCAACAAAACCAUUAUCAGACGUGUCUUAGAAAUAGGAGGUUAUAUGUGUUUGGUGAUUCUACAACCCGAGCCUGGUAUAACAAUAUCCAGAAGCGUUUCCAAUGUCAACAAACUACAGAAAAAUGGCAGUUUGAAAAAUGGCAUAAAGACUCGGAAUGUUACAACAGACAAAUCAAUUUUAAAGCAGGAUGGUAUCCACACGCUCAACCGUUCCUUGCGCGAACAUGGGACGAUAUGCGUUCAGCUUUAUAUUCCAUCUCCGGUCGAAUAGACAGAAUACCACGCAAAGAACGUGCUAUUGUAGUUAUACAUUUAUUUAUACAUAUGGUAGCUUUUCAUCAUAGUGUUUUUAAACAAAGAAUGGAAAUAAUUCGUGAAAGCGUUGAUAAGUUUUUAAGAAACAAUAAACAGUCUAUAGUUAUGAUAAAAGCACCACAUACAUAUGAGGACACACUAGCCGACAAAUAUAGAUUCACUGACUAUUUUGGAUAUGUGUACAGCAAAAUAUUGUAUGAAGUAUUUGAAGGUUUACAUGACCGAGUUGUUUUGUUGAACAAUAGAGACACUACUGUAGCUCUGCACGUGGUAAAUAAGCAUCCACCAAAAAAUAUUAUAAAUGCUAUGAUAGACCAAAUGCCAAGUUAUGCAUGUGUUACGAAGUAGUCGAAACUAAAAAGAUACAAAGACAACAACAGAAUUUAAAGCUACUCGCCCACAGUCUGGGUGAAUUUUUCGACUUGAUCAUUUCAACCACUUGUGGCAUAGAAUGUAUAUAUAACACUGAAAAACGAAGUGAUAAAUUGGGAGAAAUAAAAGUUAAAUCUUGGAAAAACAUGCAAGGAAAAUGUAAAUUUUCUACAUUAUUUAAAGCGUAAGAUGAGUUCAGUACCUUUUACUUUUGGUUAUUUAUAAGGAUAUCUUGCAAAAUUCUUAUGUCAAUAAGUUUAACUUUGUACCGCUAGUCACUUUCAAUGUAUUCACUUUUUAUGGAAUUUUGAGAGAAAUUAUUUUUUGGCAUAUAGACGGAUUUUCACACAGCAAGUUCCUUAGCAAGGGAUGUUUAAUUUCGUGCAUGCGUACUCUACGUAGCGGAAAAAGACAUGUCCAUAGAAUGUAAACCUUAAAUUUGGUCAAUAUGAAUCUGUGUUAUAAUAAAGUACCUGUGCAAGACAAAAUAAAAUGUAUUCAUGUA